GUGGCAGGAGCCUGGACACACAGGAUCAGUACCCACAAAUGUAGGAGCUGGAGAAACAACUUGUUUCCAGGGAGCCAAAUACGCAGACAUGAAGCAGCUGUUCUAUAACUGGACCUGCCGGCUGUCGCUGUGGCUGUGCUGCUGGUUUGGGGGCCUGAGCGCAGGCUUCAUGACCAGAAACUCCAGGCCCAACAUUGUGCUGCUGAUGGCGGACGACCUGGGGGUUGGGGAUCUGUGCUGCUACGGUAAUAACACAGUGAGCACACCCAAUAUCGACCGCCUGGCAAGCGAGGGCGUGAGGCUCACCCAGCACCUGGCAGCUGCCUCCGUAUGCACCCCGAGUCGAGCUGCCUUCCUGACAGGGAGGUACCCCAUCAGAUCAGGAAUGGCGUCUCCCUACAACCUGAACCGCGGGCUCACCUGGCUUGGAGGCUCCGGCGGUCUUCCCACCAAUGAAACGACCUUUGCCAAGCUGCUUCAGCAUUACGGCUACCGCACAGGCCUCAUAGGCAAAUGGCACCAGGGUUUGAGCUGUGCCUCUCGGAAUGAUCACUGCUACCACCCCCUCAACCACGGGUUCGACUAUUUCUACGGGCUGCCCUUUGGCCUCCUAAGCGAUUGCCAGUCCUCCAAGACGCCGGAGCUCCACCGCUGGCUCCGGAUCAAACUUUGGAUCUCCACGGCCGCGCUCAGCCUCGUCCCCCUGCUGCUCCUCAUCCCCAAGUACGCCCGCUGGUUCGUGGUUCCGUGGAAGGUCAUCCUCACCUUCGCUCUCCUCGCCUUUCUGUUUUUCAUUGCCUGGUACUCCAGUUACGGGUUUACUCGGCGUUGGAACUGCAUUCUUAUGAGAAACCAUGAAAUCAUCCAGCAGCCAAUGCGGGAGGAAAGAGUGGCUUCACUCAUGCUGAAGGAGGCCCUUGCCUUUAUCGACAGGUACAAACGCGGCCCCUUCCUGCUGUUUGUGUCUUUCCUGCACGUCCACACUCCGCUGAUCACCAAAGACAAGUUUGUGGGGCACAGCAAGUACGGUCUCUACGGGGAUAACGUCGAAGAAAUGGAUUGGAUGGUGGGUAGGAUCCUGGAGACCCUGGACCAGGAGCGCCUGACCAAUCACACACUGGUGUACUUUACCUCAGACAACGGGGGUCGAUUGGAGGUGCAAGAAGGCGAGGUCCAGCUGGGUGGCUCCAACGGCAUCUACAAAGGUGGGCAAGGGAUGGGCGGAUGGGAAGGCGGCAUUCGUGUCCCAGGAAUAUUCCGGUGGCCGACAGUCCUGCAGGCUGGGAAAGUGAUUAACGAACCCACGAGCCUAAUGGACAUUUACCCGACACUGUCUUACAUAGGCGGAGGCAUGUUGCCCCAGGACAGAGUCAUCGAUGGCCGGAACCUAAUGCCCCUGCUGGAAGGCAGAGUGUCCCACUCGGACCAUGAGUUCCUCUUCCACUACUGUGGGGUCUACCUGCAUACAGCCAGGUGGCAUCAGAAGGAUUGUGCAACCGUGUGGAAGGCCCAUUACGUGACUCCCAAAUUCUCCCCCGAUGGAGCUGGCGCCUGCUAUGGAAGCGGAAUAUGUCCAUGUUCUGGAGAUGUCACCUACCACGACCCUCCGCUGCUCUUUGACGUCUCAAGAGACCCUUCUGAGACCCGACCCCUAAACCCUGACAACGAAGCAUUAUUUGACUCAGUGGUCAAGAAAAUCGAGGCGGCCAUAAAAGAGCAUCGCAGGACACUCACGCCUGUCCCACAGCAGUUCUCAGUGUUCAACACCCUUUGGAAACCAUGGCUGCAGCCCUGCUGUGGGACUUUCCCCUUUUGUGGGUGUAAUAAAGAAGAUGACAUCCUAUCCACUGCUUGGUGAGCGGAAAGGGGCCACUGGUUCGUUCAGUCCAUGUGGGAUAAAUAAUUCUUCCCUCCACCCUCAGAUUUCAGUUCUUUCUUCAAGUCAUGUCCAGGAGCUCAAUGAAGUGAAAGUGGAUCUGGACGUUAGUGUACCCAGAGUUGUGCCAUGUUUUUAUAUAAUCGAGUCAUUGUUCAAGCAAAAAGACAGGCCAAGGUGACCUUCUGCAGAUUCUUAUGGUUCUGUGGUUCUUAGAAGGUGAUUCGAAGCAAUAGGUCGAAGGCAUUGUGUUUACAUAGUUCUGGUAGAAACUUCUCCUUGCGGAUCCUAAACCGAGACGUCUUAUCUUUGUGAUCAGUAAUGAUUAAGUAUUUUGUUUCAUCCUGAAGCAGACGGUGUACAUAUUACUGGAAGUGAUGCCACACUCAUUUCUACUCCUUCAUUCCCCGUCUUUUCUUCUUUCCUCCUCUUCCCGUCUUAAAAAAGGUCUGCCGACACGUCUUUGUCCUGUUUUGCUGACCUUUGAUUGGGAAGGACUUGUUGUGUCUUGGUAUUUUCGUGUGUAAAAUGGAGGAAACCAAUGUCUCUUGUGUAGAGUAGCUGUGAGCACUACAUGCAUUAAUUCAUCUGAAACCCCCUAUAUCCAGGAAGCACUCAAUCAAUGUCAUUGUUACGAAUGUUGUCAUUGUUGUCCAUUGUAAUUCAUCAUUUCCUGUGAAGUUCACAGGAAGGAAGCAUAGAGAAGAGGCAAUAUUUAAAAUAAAAUAAUAUUUAAAAUAAAAAUGGAUGAAAAAAGCUUUUAGUUGAUGAAAGGCAUUCAGGAAGCACACUUGGGAAACAAUUCUAAGCAGUAUAAACAAAAAUAAAUUUAAAAAAACCCAAAAAAUAAAUAAAUAAAUAAAUAAAUCUAUACCUUGAGCAAUCUUGGGAAAAUGGCCGGGUGCAAGACCAACAAAAUAUCUUUAAAUCGAUCACAGGGAAACAUCAGAUUUCCUAUGAAAUAAAAAGUAUUAAGAGAAAAGUGGGUUUGCUAAUGGCUCCAAGGGAAGCCAUAAGACAAGGGAAUAAUCUCCUUAAACUACUGAGAGAAAAUUGUCAACCCAGGUACUGCUUAUGUUAUAAUGAUGGUAAAAAAUUUAAAAACAUAGACAGUUACUACUUUAGAAUUUUUAUCCCUCUGUUUCAUCUGCUUUCCUGUAUUGUGAAGCUCUCUGGUAUUAGAAGCUUUUUAAACAAUUAUUUUCCUGAUGAAUCAAGUCUUUAAUCAUUAUGCAAUUUACCUCUUUGUAUCUGGUAAUGCUUUUCAUCUGGAAGUCCAGUUAAGCUGAAAUGAUCAUAGCCAUAGUGUUAAAAUUUAAUUAAAUUGGGACACCUGAGUGGCUCAGUGGUUGGGCAUCUGCCUUUGGCUCAGGGCGUGACCCCGGGGUCCUGGGAUCAAGUCCCACAUUUGGCUCCCUGCAUGGAGCCUGCUCCUCCCUCUGCCUGUGUCUCUGCCUCUCUCUGGGUCUCUCAUGAAUAAAUAAAUAAAAUCUAAAAAAAAUAAUUUAAUUAAAUUGAAAAUUGCUUAGUAUUUAAAUGGUGUGCCUUUCCUCAUCCCUUGAACAGAUGUGUGGCUUUGUAUUUAAAGUCCUUCUCAUUGUGUGUCAACUACUGUCAAAUAAAAAAUAGAUUAAUUGAAAAAUAAUAAAGUGCUUCUUCUCUGGACCUCA